CAGGUUAACAACAUGAAGUCAAAUCAAAACAAAGACAUGUUGGCAUCUUUCUCUUCUUCAUUUUGUACUGAUUUGGAUGUUGAAAUGUUAGACGUAAUGGAUAAGAUGGAGGAAAACUUCAUUGUGAAAAAGACCAAUACUCCAAAAUCAAGAAGAUGUCAACUUCAGAUCCAGACAACCAAGUCACCUGCAAAUCCAACAAAUAAGGCAUCUGCUUUUGUAACCAAAAAUUCAGCUAUUCAUUCGACAACAAAGUCACCCACAACAAGUAGCUCAGGAACUAAAUUUAUCAAUAAUGCUUCAGAAAAGACAACUGUUAAUUCUGGAGCUAAUUCUGCCAAAAAUUUAGCAGAUAAUUUGAAACCACAAUCAGCUGCUGCUGAUUCAACUAGAUUUCUUAGAAGCAAACCUUUAACUGGUGCAAAAAUUAUUCCAGUAAUGAAGAGCCACCCUACAACACCAAGUGGAACCAGUACAUCAAUUACAAAUAAUGACAUCUUUAAGUCACCAGGAGAUUAUAAUCCAACGGACGGAAAAAUUUGGAAUCAAAGUACUAAAAAAUCUGUUCAUCAUCUUAGAAAUGAUGAUAAUAUUUCAUGGCAGACACCAAAGAUUGCUUCAACUCCUCAAACUACACCUAAUUCUCGCAAAGGAAAACUGAUAGCAUCAAAUGUAAAGAGGCAAAAUCAUCUGCUAAAAUCGUUAUUUACACUUGAAACUUCUAUGAAUAUAUCUGAUAUAAUUUUAUCUCCUUGUCUAGAAAGUGCAAAAAAGUCAGAAGUACAACAAAAUAAAUUGUUGAAACAAAACCCUUCUGUUAAAGAAAAUGAUAAGGAAAAUGCUGUCAGUAAGUGUAAGACAUCUUUAUUGGAAAUGGUGAAUAAUUCACAUCAAGAAGUUGCAAACAUUGAUGGAGAUGUUGACAGGCAACAACUGCCAAAAGAUCAACUUCAUAAAAAUAAUCAAAAAGAUAGGAUUGAAAAAAAUAUGAGAAGAAAAUCAGAUUUACAUGAAAAAUCUUCUAUGCUGAAUAUCAGUGGAGAUAAACUUAGCCUUAGCAACUGGGGCCUUCCUGAACCAGUUAUAAACCAGUAUCACAGUAAAGGGAUCACAGCAAUGUUUGAAUGGCAAGCAGAAUGCCUCUGUAAAGGAAAUACUCUGGCUGGUGGUAAUCUAGUAUACUCAGCCCCAACCAGUGCUGGCAAGACCAUGGUUGCAGAACUAUUGGUACUGAAGAGAGUUAUGGAAACUAAAAAGAAAGCUAUAUUUAUAUUACCCUUUGUAUCAGUUGCCAGAGAAAAAAUGUUUUAUUUACAGCAACUUUACCAAGAUGCUGGAAUCCGAGUGAGUGGUUUUAUGGGAAGUCAUUCCCCUCCUGGAGGCCUCAAAUCUGUUGAUGUAGCAGUUUGUACAAUAGAGAAAGGAAAUGGUCUAAUUAAUAGGUUACUGGAACAUAAAGAAUUAGAUAAGCUGGGAAUUAUAGUUGUAGAUGAGUUACAUUUGGUAGGAGAUUCCCACAGAGGCUAUCUGUUGGAACUUAUGCUGACUAAGAUUUGCUAUGUAAUGAGAAAGGAAAAGGAACAGAUGAACAAAGGCAACCAAUCUACAGAAGUUAUCAAUGGUGUGCAGAUUGUAGGAAUGAGUGCCACACUACCAAAUCUAGAUCUCUUGGCCAAAUGGCUGAAGGCUGAAUUGUAUCAUACAGAUUAUAGACCUGUGCCGUUAACAGAAUGUGUGAAGAUUGGUACAGCUCUGUAUGAUAGUUCCCUAGUGAAAAUUAGGGAUGUUGAUUUGACCAUGACCUUUAAAGAUGACUCUGAUCAUGUGAUACCUCUGUGCUUAGAAACAUUGAAGGGAGGUCAUUCAGUUUUGAUAUUUUGUCCAACCAAGAACUGGUGUGAAAAGCUGUCAGAGUCCAUAGCCAAAGAGUUUUACAUGAUUUUAAGGAAUUCAAAACCUCAAAAUGGUGAGAAGGAAGAACUACCUUUACCACUGAAUGGUAACAGUUUAAUGGAUGUUGUAGAACAGUUGAAGAGGACACCAGUAGGUCUGGAUACUACACUUGGCAGAACAGUACCAUUUGGUGUGGCCUACCAUCAUGCAGGUCUGACUUUUGAUGAGAGAGACAUUAUCGAGGGAAGUUUUAGACAGGGAAUCAUCAAAGUUCUGAUAGCCACAUCAACUCUAUCCUCGGGAGUAAACUUACCUGCCCGUAGAGUGAUUGUAAGGUCACCUACAUUCCAUGCUGGCAAGAUCAUUGAUAUUUUAACAUAUAAACAAAUGAUUGGAAGAGCUGGAAGAAAAGGAGUUGAUACUGAAGGAGAGAGUAUUCUAAUCUGCCGACCAAACGAGAGAGAUAAAGCUGUAACAUUGAUAUCCUCCUCCUUACCUCCUGUUCAAAGUUGUCUGGUCAGUAGGGAGGGACAGGAACUCAGCUCUAGUUUAAAAAGAGCAAUUUUAGAGAUUGUUGUAAGUGGUGUCGCCACUGUCCCAGCAGAUGUUGCCUUGUAUACAUCCUGUACCAUGUUAUCUGCUGCUAUCUCAGCAGACGACAAUGCAAAUGAAGACAUGAUUGCAGCCUGUGUCAAAUUCCUACAGGAAAAUGAGUUUGUAUGCCUACAAAAGGUUGCUAUGGCUGAUGGGAAGGAAGAAGAAAGAUUUUGUCCAACACAACUGGGGUCAGCUGUUUUAGCUUCAUCACUAUCUCCACGUGAAGGAUUGGUGGUGUUUGCUGAGUUACAGAAAGCUAGGCAAUGCUUUGUCCUAGAAAAUGAACUUCAUAUUAUUUACUUGGUAACCCCUAUUUAUAGUAUGGACUUUGGUAGCAGUUUAGACUGGUACCAAUACUAUUGCCUCUGGGAAAGCUUAUCUGUUGGCAUGAAAAGAGUAGCAGAGCUUGUUGGGGUACAAGAGAGCUUCAUAGCUCGUGCCAUCAGGGGAAGGAUUCUGACCAAAACUGAGACCCAGAUGAGAAGUCUGGCAAUCCAUAGAAGAUUUUACACAUCUCUUAUAUUACAUGAUUUGGUACAUGAGGUUCCUCUUCCUGAGGUGGCCAGGAAAUAUAAUUGUAACAAAGGACAGCUGCAGUCAUUACAACAGUCAGCUGCUACUUUUGCUGGUAUGGUUACUGUUUUCUGUGCACGUCUUGGAUGGCAUAACCUAGAGUUGAUCCUUUCUCAGUUCCAGAAUCGUUUAACAUUUGGUAUACAGAGAGAGCUGUGUGAUUUGGUCAGAUUGACAUUAUUAAAUGGCCAGAGAGCCAGGGUCCUUUACAAUGCUGGUUACCAUACUGUAACAGCACUGGCUAAUGCUACUGAGGUUGAUGUUGAAUUGGUUCUGAAGAAUGCUGCUCCAUUUCAAAGCAAGAAACAGCAUGAAAAUGAAACAGAAUAUGAAGCAGCACAACGACAAAGCAGCAGGUGUAUUUGGCUGACUGGUCGUAAAGGUGUGACAGAACUUGAAGCAGCUGAGACUAUUAUUAGUGAGGCAAAGUCACUCAUACAAGAGGAACUUGGUGGUCUUGGAAUUCAGUGGAAAAAUGAUCAGGAUUCUGUCAAUAAAACUCACCAAGAUAAAAAUGAAAGAUCAAGUGUAUUGGUGACUCCAAAUGUUUCAAAUUCUGAAAACAGCUUAACGCAGAAAAAGACAUCAACUAAUAGUUUUCAUAGAAGAAGAACUAGUAAAGGAAGAAGGCGUUCAUCUACAGGUUUGAAAAGACGGAGUUUGAAAUCGGCAAAUUCUAGUAUAGCAAAUGAUGAGCUGCAUGGUCAGGUUGUUGUAAAUCCACCUGUCUUAGAAAAGCAUGAUUCUGGAAAGAAAAUAAAAUCAAAUUUAAAUGAAACUGGUGAAAAGUCUACAGUGAAAAAAACUGACACAGUUGUGAGCAAUACGAACAAUGGGGAAGUAAGUAAGACUGAAAGCAGCCGUCCAUGUCAAAUUGUUCCAAAUAAAGUAGAUGUGGAAAUUGAAAAUGUGAGCAAAAAUGUUGUAACAAUACAAGCUGAUGUUCAUCAUGAAGUUGGUAAAGGUGAGGAAAAAAUGCAAGUUGACCUUGACUGUAAUUUGACUAAUGAUCUAGAAGAUUUUUCACAAAUAAAUUUUACAAUUGGGAAACAUUGUACAAAUGUUGAAAACAUCGACAAGAACAUAAAUGAUCUAAACAUUCUUGAAACUGAGAGACAUGAAAACCCUCCAAAUGAUAUAACUGAAAAGAGAAAUGAUCAACCAGUAGUUCAAAAUAUCAAAUUAAAUAUUGGAAGUGAAAAGCUUGGUGAGUUCUCGAAUGGAAUUUACAUUGUGAGUGAUAAAAGAAAAAUUAAUGAGGUACAAGAAAGUGAAGAUUUGUUCAUUGGUUUAACCCAGGAAUUUGAAGUAUCAUGUCAGCCAUUUGCCAUACAACAUCACACAAAUGAAAAUGCAAAGGAUAAACUUUCCUAUGACUCAGACUUAAAGCAGUUAUGUAAUCUAGACAGGAAAAGAACCAGUGAUCAGAAAAUACAUUCAAAUAAUGAAAAUGGAAACUUUAUAGAGUUGGAAAGAGAUGAAAAUACUGACAAUGGUCAUGAUGAAUUUGCAGAUAGUUUCUGUGUAAACACUCAAGUUGCUAUGGAACUUUCCCAUCAUGAAAACAAUUCUGAAAGUCUUUUAGGGUAUACUGAAGACAAAAAUGAAGGUAACAUCAUCAGAAAUGGGAACAAUACAAAUGCUAUGCAAGCUAAGAGUUUAAAUGAAAAAGGAUUCCAAAGAAAUUGUAAUAAUGAACCAAAAUUAAGUGAUGAUCAAACAGUUAUGAAAACUAAGGACAAAUCGACAUCUCCAACAGUUGAUUGUGAUAUCAUUGAAAUAAGUCCUGUUGGAGAACCACCAUGCAAGACUGCUAUGUCAGUCCCACUAGCAGCUACCCAUGAUGCAUCACCAAAGAUGGCUUACAUUGAGAAAAAUGGUCAUGAUGAAUCUGUAGUUUUAAUUGCUGCUAGUAACUUCGAGCGAUGCAUGUAUGUUAAUUCAGAGGACAUAUUUGAGGAAUCAGGUCAGAUCCCACAAAACGAAUCCUACCAAGAUUUACAUAUUCCUUUUCAGAGUGGACAGGAAAGGGUUUUUGAAGAGCAUGAGAAGCAGCUGCCUAAUGGUGUCUCUCAGUAUCACAAUUUGCAGGAGGACUUAGCUGUUGCCAUGGAAAUGGGUGAUACAUUUUCAUCAACUUUUCAGGGAAAUGACAACAAUAAAAAUCAGCAUCCAAUGGCAACACAGAAUAAUGAACUGAGUGACUCCUUAACAUUGUCAAUGGUUGAGAAAGUUCUAAAUGAUGAAUCACCUGUAAAUAAGGUUGGCAGUAAGGACAAGGAAGAGAAUAGAAUUGUGGGAAAUGUAGAAAUAAUGGCAGACAACAGUAAAAUUGUCAAAGAACAGAAAACAAACAGAAAACCAAUGAAAAGUAAAUUAAGCCCAGGAACAUUAGCAUUUCUGGAUAAUAUGAAUUCAUUUUCAGCUGUAGAAAUUUCACUGCAAGGAGAUAUGAAUCAAAAUAAAGAUGAUAAAAUAUCAAAAUCUAAUAAUCUUAAAACAAAUAAAGCUGUAGCAAGCCUUUCAAAUUCCAAGAAGGAUUUAAAGUGUAGUAGUAAUGGAAAUACAAGUACAGAAAAUGACCUGUUGCCACCAACACCACCAGGAAAUAAUGCAUCGUGCAUGUCACCUCAUUUGACCUCUAAAAGAAUGACUCCAAAUAAGUUGAAAUUGACGCCAAGGAGAGGGAAAGCAGGAAAUAAGUCUGCAAGAUCGGUUGUGCAGGAGGAGAAUACAACAGCAUCAAAGAAAACAAAAACAGCUGAUGUCACAUCCGAUUUUGAGAGAAUUAAACAUCAGAUUUCUCAAGUGGAAUGUGAAGAUGAUAUUUCAGAUUCUGAAAAAGAUGUUGAUUAUACGGAAAGAACAUUUGACUUUGAACCAGAUCAGUCAGGAAUUACAUCUACACAAAGUUCACUUACUGUAAUAGAUGUAUGUGCCGAUACAAGACUGUUUGAUACUUUUAGGAAGGAGUGGUCAACAAAGAUGAAGUAUUCUGUGUCUCUUGCCUGUGAGAGAAAGAAACCUGAUCUGCCAAAAGGUGGAGGUAUAGGUGGGAAGUUCAUCAGAGGAAAAGAUAAAGUCCAGUCCAGUGAAAAGAUUGAUAAGAAUGAAGGAUUGACAGUUGAUGGAACAGAUCUGAUCAUUGUCGGUCUGGCUGUCUGUUGGGAGAACAGAGACUCAUACUACAUCUCAUUUAAAGAUGAAGAUACAGAAAAAUGUCCAGAUGAUUCUUUAGCUCCAGCUCCUUCAGAUGAAACAAUAACUACAGAGGUCAAAUUAAAGGUCAUUCAGUCUGUCAUGGAGAAAGCCAUGUAUAGAGGCAAGGCUAAAUCCUUAAUGAUAUUUGACAGUAAAUCUCAGUAUACAACACUAGUUAAAGGGUGUGGUUUAAUCCCAGCUGGGAAAAUCCAGGAUCCAAAAAUAGCCUAUUGGUUGUUAGACCCAGGAGCCAAGGAGAAGAACUUACAUGGAAUGGUGCACAAUUAUCUACCAACAGAAGGAGGACUGUUAGAAGGAAUUGGUGGUGGAAUAGGCUAUGGUAGUAUUGGUCUGACACCAGAGAAUCCAGGAUCAGGGAGGUUUAGAGCUACAACAGAAUCAGUCCUUACGUUACAUGUCAUGGAUUAUUUUGUCAAUGUUCUACAGAAAGAGGAAUUACUGACCACUUUUUUGGAUGUAGAGAUGCCAUCCAUUGUUACACUGGCUAGGAUGGAGUUAAAUGGUUUUGGAUACAGUGAAAAUGAGUGUGAAAGUCAGAUGAACAUUAUGUUAGCUAGACUAUCAUCAUUAGAAGACCAGGCAUAUCACCUUGCUGGACACCCAUUAUCAUUAUCUGCUACUGAUGAUAUAGCUCAGGUUUUGUUCAUAGAAUUGCAACUGCCACCUGAUGGUGACCCAUCAAACGUAGGUCAAUUACGUGGAAGCAAAAGGGCAGUAGGUCAAAGGAAGGGUCGUGGUAGAGGUACACUUAGUACUUCAAAGGAAGUUUUAGAAAAGUUAAAGCCCUUUCAUCCCUUACCAAGCAUCAUCCUGGAAUGGAGAAGAAUUAGCAGUGCUUUGACAAAGGUUGUUUUUCAGUUACAGAAGGUUAAAGUUCAUAACACACGAACAGAUAUGUAUCGUAUAUUUUGUGAGACACAAUUUCACACCGCUACAGGCCGAGUCAGUAUGACAGAACCUAAUUUACAGAACAUUCCCAAAGAUUUUGAUAUCAGUUUACCAGAUGUUAUAGGAGAAAGUCCUACACCAGAAAAAGGACCCCCUACAGGUAGAAAAAUAAAAGGAAAAUUAAAUCAGAUGAAAAGUGCUUCAAAAUCAACAGCAAGAGUUGAGAACAUAACCAGAAAUAGUUCAUAUUCUGUCAGCAUGAGACAUGCCUUUGUCCCAUUUAAAGGUGGCAUUUUGGUAGCAGCUGACUAUUCUCAGUUAGAAUUAAGAAUGAUAGCACACUUGUCUAAAGACCAGAAGCUGAUCAGAAUAUUAAAUGAAGAUGGUGAUGUAUUUAAACUUAUAACAGCUCAAUGGAAAGGGAUUUCACCAGAGGUGGUUACUGCUGUAGAGAGACAACAGGCUAAACAGGUGUGUUAUGGUAUGAUCUAUGGGAUAGGUGCAAAAGCUCUGGGUCAACAGUUAGAAGUGGAUGAAAAUGAUGCUGCUGUAUUUAUAGAGACAUUUAAAGCUAAAUACCCAAGUAUGAGAACAUAUUUGAGAACCACAGUAGAAUUCUGUAGAGAUAAAGGCUAUGUACAAACCAUUAAUGGCAGAAGACGAUAUUUACCAUCUAUAACUUCUACCCAACCAUAUUCCAGAGCUCAUGCAGAGAGGCAGGCAGUAAAUACUACAGUACAAGGUUCAGCAGCAGAUCUGGUCAAAACAGCAAUGAAUCAUAUUGAUAUAAAAUUAAAGGAAGUCUUCCCACAAUCAGCAUACACUCAUUGUCAUAAAUUUAUUGAAAGAUGUAAUGUUAGAAGCAGAAGUAAAUCAACAACAAUGAAAUUAUCUGGUGGCUAUCUUGUUCUACAGCUACAUGAUGAACUGAUUUAUGAGGUAUGUCAAGAUGACAUGAUUCCUGUGGCACAGAUCAUACAAAGUGAGAUGGAGAAUGCCAUGAAGCUAUCUGUGCGUCUGCCAGUUAAAGUUAAGGCAGGACCUAGUUGGGGAAAGCUUGAGGAAAUAAAACUGUAAACAGGUAGUGGAAAAUAAAGUAUAGCCAAUGUUCCUGUCAAAAGAAAUAGUUAAAUAUUGUUCCUGUCAAAAGAAAUAGUUAAAUAUUGUUCCUGUCAAAAGAAAUAGUUAAAUAUUGUUCCUGUCAAAAGAAAUAGUUAAAUAUGGAAAACUUGAACAUACAAAAAAAGAAAGACACGAUUGAUAAGUGUCAGAGUUACUAAAUUUGUGUUGAGGUCAUAUUAUAGUUGAAGACCAAUCACAAGUAGAACAUGUUUUGAAUAAAGCUGAAUGAAGUGGAGCUGUAAUUUAGGAGUAAAGAAAAAACUGUUGAAUUUAUGUCUACAUUAGAUAUUGUUUUUUUAAAAACAAAUUUAUUUACAUUUCAAAACAUGAUGUUCUGGACAAAAAACAAUGUAUAAAUUAUAAAAUUUAGCUCUAAUUCAAUGUUGAUUUGUAAUAUUUAAGUUCACCAUAUUCGUUUUGAGAUUUUACAUUGUGAAGUAGUAUAGUAAUGACUUAUAUACCAAUGUGCCAAAAUAUCUAAACGUUAAUGUGAUACCUAACAUAUUUUGCCUGUUUGUAAGUCUACACACCUUUAAAGUCUGCAAUCAACAUUGUGUCUGUCGAUUCAAUGAUUUGGAAUGUGUGUAGACUUCCAAUUUUUUACUAUUAUAUAUCUAGUCCUUAAAUCUAUAUAAACUUGUCACCAACUAUAUCGAUCUUGCAACUUUUGUAUUAGGGUUUUCUUUUUGUAACACAAAUUUAACCUUUUUAAUUGUACCUUGUCUUUAAUGGUUUACUUAAUCUACAGCUUCAAUUGCAUAUACCUGUAAGAUAUUGAAUACCCAGGGAAAUAAUUCAAUAAGGAAAGUAGAAAAUACAUGUACAUUCAUACAUUUAUACAUUUUCACCGUUCCAAAUAUUUACUGGAUUAAUAGGAUACAUGUCUUCAGCCAUAUUACACAUAUCUUAUAAGAACCUCACUGAACAGAGAAUGACCUGAAGAUUAUUUUUAAGCCAGCUUGUCUCUAUGUCAUCACGCCUCAUUUUAAGAUUGAUCAAAAUCCUGAAUUAAAAGCCUAUACAAAACCAUUGAUAUGUAAAAGACUUUAAGAAAGUAUAAAACAUCAUUUUGAUCUUCUACCACCAACUUUUCACAACUCAUGUGCCUUUCAAUGAAACAAAAUGAAGUCAAACAGCAAAGAUUUACUCGCUAAUGAGCUUUUCAAUCAAGCACUCUGCCCUUUAAUAAACCUAGUUAAAACACUUCAACUUACUGUAACUUUAAAGUCACGUGCAUAUCCCUUUCAAUACUUGAAAAGGAGCUGCCAACAACUAAUUGAAAUAAAACAUUUUUAAGGAAAUUAUUUAAUAUAAUUGUGUGAAUUUAUUGAUAUGCUGCUUUUUGGGAUAAAAAUAGAUUGUCUGACUCAUAGCAUUGACAGUGCUUUGAUGAUUAGUUUUUGUCUCGCCUUGAUGGAGUCAAAAAGCGAGACAUAGGUAUGCUGUUUCCGGCGC